AUGUCGCAUUCUGGAUUUCAAAAAAGUUUGAAGCCAAUGAAGGAUGGCCUUGCAAAUAGAGACAAGCACUUUUCCUUGUCUCCUGAAGCUAUCCAAAAAUAUGUCUCUAGAGAAGCUAAUCAACUGAAACAAAAUAUUAUAGAUGAAGUAAGAAACCGUAUGGUUUCAGUAAAAGUAGAUGAAGAUCAAAUAUACACCAUAACUACAGAUAAUGGUUCAAAUUUGCUAAAACCAGUGAAGAUUAUUGCCUCUGAAAAUGGAGAGUAUGAUGUCAUUGAAAAAAAUGAAUUGGAGUCAUAUAAUGACACAUGGGGCGAAAAUACAGGAAACAUUGAAAUUAUUAUAGAAAAUGAAAAUUGUAAUGAUGAAGAAAAUUUAGGCACAGAUAUAGAGCUAGCAUUUUUAAAGGAUGAUAUAUUUCACACAUUUCAUAUAAUUUUCGAGGCUUCAAUGAUAGUUGUCGAGCUGAUUGCUUGCACAGAAAUGGAAUUAACAAAUCCAAAAACUUAUCUAAAUCACAUUGGAAGAGAAUUAAAGAAAUUGUGUCAGUUUUGGAACAAGCACGAAAGUGUACGCGUAAAUUGCAAUAUGAGCAGCUUACCAUAG